CCUCCGCCAUGACGCGUCACCAAAUUCGGACAUGUAUACCUACGUGACCAAUAUUAUUGCGAAAUCCUGAACGGGUGUUCAACAGUAGUUCGACAGAGCAGCUAAUAUCAAUCCAACGGAAGCAGGUAACAUUAAGAAGAAGCACAACUAGCAGCCAAGAAUAUUUCAAACACCAUUUGAACAUGGCGUCGGGUUUGUACCAGGCUUUUCGUGUGGACGGAGGACCGACCCAGUACCCGGAGAAUCGCACUCCUGUCACCGCUGACGUGUUAGAGAUCGGCCUGGUGUUCGCCAUCGCCAUUCUCGCCUUCUCCUUCCUUGUCAUCCUGCCGGGCGUUCGAGGGAUACAGAGACUGUUCUUUGCCGUCAUGGUUUCCUUCAGUAUUUUGGUUUUGGCCACAAUCAUGGUGAGUAACUUCGGUAUGGAGUGGGAGAAAGCUGAGGUCCACACAAAGGUCCAGUACAAGGCCUUCAUCGCUGAGGAGAUGGACGGAACGGUGGGGGUCAAGAUCGGACUCAGGGCGGUCAACAUCACUCUAAAAGGUUCUGGAAAAGGAGCGCUCGAGAACGAGGAAAUAAACUACAACGAAAGGUUCAACUACGGACAGGACGGACAGGGAAGGAUUGGGUUUGGUCCUUACGCGAGCCUGACAAACCGUGAGUUCCGUGCGGCCCAGUAUCGCGGCCUACCGUACCCGAUCCUCUGGGUGGCGGAGUACUUCACCCUGGACGGGGAAGACAUCCGCUGGCACCGCAGCUACCGGCUGGCGGGCUACUACACACUCACCAUGCUGUGGACCGCCUUCCCCCUGUGGAUCAUCACCAACAUCCUGUUCUGCAUGUUCAUCCGGUAUGGAGCCUACUUCAUGAUGUUGACGGGCGGAGUCAUGUUGCUAGGCAACCUCAUCUUCCACUUCCUGCGGUUCGGGCCGGUGCUGGCCGUUCCUAUGGGAACCGCGACGCUUGUGUUCCACUAUGGCUGGUGUUUCUGGCUCAACCUGGCCGUCGGGUCCGUAACUGUUUUGCUGGGAGUCAUCAUCUUAUUUCUGGACCUCCGCUUCCCUAACGUCACGUCUACGUUCUUCUCCGUGGGCUCCGACCCUGACGAAUAUUACACCGUCAAGAAGUCUCCAACAAGAGGUCCAGAUCCAACAACCGUACUCUCUUUGCAGACCAUUUCUGAAGACGUUGCAGGGACUAGCCAGGAGAACAGCGAAAGCACUAUAAUUGCUCGGCCCAAUAGCGGAAGACCUACCUCCGGCCUUGCUGUGUUCCAGAAGCCCCGUCGUAAGACCAUGGUGGACUCUGGCAUACCAGCCUGAAGUUCUUUCCAUGCCGUACAUGAGUUUCCUUGUUCACAACCAAGUUUUGUUAUUCUCCGACGAAAGCUAAUAAGCUACCUUCGUGAGAGCUAGAAUGACUCGUGGUUUUCUUUUCUCGCCAUAUUUUAAAGCGGUAUCUCUUUUGAGUAGCGCCUGCCUGCGACAAAUCGUUGCGGCAACGUCGCGAUUCUUUGGCCAAUUUUCUCUUGUGGUCAUACUGACACAUGAGUAAAAUACUUGACCUCUACAAAUAAAAUGACCGCACCCGGAAUGUCACUUCCUCCGAUUCAGUCUGGAUAACUUUGCUGGAAUUAUUGAAAUCACAGUGAUACUACCGAAUUCUAAAAAAAUACAAUGAUUGAAACAUUCAUCAAAAAAGGAUUUGCGGUGAUUGUGUCUGUUGGCGACUAGUUUGCGCCAAUUCGCAACAUUCUUCUCAAAUUUAAAAAAAAAAUCAAACGCCUCCACUCGCGACCAACUAGUGCUUGUUGGCGAUUCAUUGGCGACGUGUUGGCGAUUUUUAUACGCUAAGCGAAUGUCUUUCGCAAACAGUCGUCGAAAGACAGGGCCCAAUGAGAGACCAGCUUUAGGUCUUAACACAACUGAUGUUCGUCCUCGCCUCUAAGAAACGUUCAACUUGGCAAUUAACAAAAACCUGGUUGUUGACAAGAAAACUCCAAUACAAUAUGAUACGCGUUCGGUGAAGCUAUAGACCAAGUUGAGCACACGACGUAUUUAUGUGUAUGUGUGUACAUGUUUACAUCAGUAUAUUACUGACAUGUUGCUGAUAUUUUGCAAAUAGAUUACUGUAGAGUACUGACAAGCCUUCACUGGUGGUCACCUUUGGAUAAGGCCUUACUGGUUAUUGUAGCCACUAUUUUGGUGUAAAUGUAUUGUAGAAAGGUGUGUUAUAAGUGUUGUGUUUUGCCUGUUUUCUGCUGUAUUUGCAAUGUGUAUUUUGACUUUUAAGUGAUAGCCAUAGGCACUGCCUUUAUCCAAGAGGCUAUGUGUUAUGCACAUACCAAGAAACUUUCGAAGUUUACUGUGCAUGUGUACGAGAGGUGUUCAGUACGUUCAGCGCCUGAUAACCCGUUUCCACCAGGACGGCGCUUUCGACACGCUCUCUCUGCGACCUAAAAUUUUUCACAUCGCUCAACGAAUUGCGUAGAAAAGAAACGAAUCAUUUUACACUUCGUGCGUUUCUACUCAGUCACACUUUUACGUUUUGUAUGACAUACCUGGUAUGAAAGUGAAGGUUAAAUUAGCCUAUCUAGGUCGCAGUGAGAGCGCUACGCCCCUCAUACACAUAUCAUGUAGUAUCUUUUUUUUUCUCAAUUUGUACGGCAAUUGAAUGCAUUCUAAAUCUUAACUAGGGGGUAGAUAUUUAUUUGAGAGUUUUGUAAAUGUAGUUUGAAGGCCUGUAACGAUAA